AUGUUCGGGCGAACGCGACCGCAGGUGGCGCCGCCGCCAGGAGAGAAUGUGCAGCGCGAGGCCGGGACGCCGGCCGGGCCGGGGCCGCGCGCGCCGCUCCCGGGGCUCCAGGCCGCCCUGCUGCGCCCGCCGCCGCCGGGUCCCGCUCUGCUCGGCGCGGCCCCGUCACGUGGGAGGCUCGCCGCCGCGGCCCCUUCGCGCACUUUCUUCGCUGCGGCCCCUCCCCCGCGAGGGGAUGGGGAAGUCAAGGCAGCGGGCGCGCGGCCCGGUCCCCUGGCGGGCGCUACUCGUCGCCCGUGCGCCCUGCGGCAACCGGGAGUCGCGUGGGGCUCGCCCGUCCUCCCUGCAGUUCUCGCCUCCUCUGCCGGGUCGCGUCGAGGUCGUCCUCAACCGCGGCCAGUCUCCUCUCCCGACCGCACAGCCCCCUGUCCCGCCACACGACCACCUCGGCCGUCCGCUGUCGCAUCCCCACCUCUGGGGGAGCGCGGACAGCCAGAGAAAAUUAGCUCCGAGAACGCGGCGGGCACGUUAAAGUCCAGAUGA